AUAUAAUACUACUUGCUGUAUCGAUCCGUUUUGUUGUCUUGCUGCACCCUUUCUGCGCUUCCUCCUACAAUUGUCAAAUUGUAUAUUCAAUAAAUAAUUAGAGAUUGUAAUAACAAUAAAAAAGCAGUUUCAAUUAUAUUUAACAAUUCUGUUGAAUAUUUUAGUUUUCUUCCAAUUAUAAAAAUGAAAUCUAUGUUAUGAUUUGCGCCGAAAGACUGCAGCUAAGUAGUUUGUAAAUAAAAUUUGUUUUAGCAAAAAUCGUAGAUAUUUAAUAAUUGUUAAUGAAUGUCUCUCAUACAUGCCAAUUUUGCGAAUGCAAAUCGGCAGAGAACCAAUUCGGUUCAGCCGAAGCACCAUUACUUCACACCACAUAUUCUCUUUCAAAGAUGCAUACAUUUGACGAAAUGGAAGAAAAGCCUCCAGCACCUCCAGUGAGAUUAACUAGCACCAAAGAACCUGUUCAUAGUGUGGAUUUAAAGCCUUUACCAAAAGAACCUGAGAGUGACAAGUGGAAACUUAAGAUAAAAUCUUCUAAAAAUGUUAAAGAAAAGAAGAAAGACCCUGACAAACUAGUAAUAUCUCCACCUUUGAACUUUGAACAUACUUUGCAUGUAGGAUUUGAUCCUGAUACUGGAGAAUUUACUGGCUUACCAGAAACAUGGUCUAUGUUGCUGAAGAACUCCAACAUAACAAAAUUAGAGCAGAAAGAAAAUCCUCAAGCUGUUCUUGAUGUUUUGAAUUGGUACGAUACCUCCACUAAAGAAACGGAAGAUUCUAAAUACAUGACUAUCAAUAAAACUUUAGAUCCCACUGUUGGCAUUAGUUACUUUAGUGAUCCAGGCUCUUGUAAUGCCUUGAUGAAUUUGCCUAGUCAACCAAAAUCAGAUGUAGUACAGUUUAAACAUGUAGAAAAGAAAGAAAGUGUUGAAGUAAUUUCACAACCACCAUCUAGUCCUGAAAGCACUAUUUAUAUGAAUCCUUUAGUAGAGGAAGAGCUUGUUCGGACACCUUCAGAUGUAAACACUGAAGUUCAAUAUACAGAACGCACAGUAUCUAAUAACAAUAACGUGUUUACCAAAGUAAAGAAGAAGAAAAUAACUGAUGAGGAAGUAAUUGAAAGAUUAAGAGAUAUCGUAUCAGAUGAUGAUCCAAAUAAAAAAUAUCAGAAAUUGGAAAAAAUUGGACAAGGAGCUUCUGGUACAGUUUAUACUGCAAAAGAAAAGUCAACAAGCUUGGAAGUUGCUAUUAAGCAAAUGAAUUUAGCUAAUCAACCAAAGAAAGAGUUGAUUAUAAAUGAAAUUUUGGUGAUGCGUGAAAAGAAGCACCCCAAUAUUGUAAACUACCUAGAUAGUUUUUUGAUUUGUGAUGAAUUAUGGGUUAUCAUGGAGUAUCUUCCUGGCGGUUCUUUAACUGAUGUUGUCACAGAAACUUGCAUGGACGAAGGACAAAUUGCUGCUGUUUGCCAAGAACUGAUUUUGGAUUCUGCGCACAAAUCUCACCUGAGCAAAGUAAGAGGAAUACAAUGGUUGGAACACCUUAUUGGAUGGCACCUGAAGUAGUUACUAAAAAACAGUAUGGUCCAAAAGUAGAUAUUUGGUCUUUAGGAAUAAUGGCUAUUGAAAUGAUAGAAGGAGAACCUCCAUAUCUCAAUGAAAAUCCUCUGAGGGCAUUGUACUUGAUUGCUACAAAUGGAAGACCUGAUAUCAAAGACAAGGAGAAAUUGUCUUCCACAUUUCAGGAUUUUCUGGACAAGUGCCUAGAAGUGGAUGUUGAUAAAAGAUUUUCUGCAUCUUCUCUUCUUAAACAUCCUUUUUUGAAACUUGCUCAACCACUUGGUAGCCUUCAUCCUCUUAUUGUGGCAGCUAAAGAAGCCUUAAAAGGACAUGUGGACAUCUCAUAUUCUUAGUGAAGCAUCGGGACUCCAUUUUUAACUUAUUGAAUCAUGAAUUGUUUUGCACCACAUUCUGUAUAAAACAAAAUACUGAGCUUUGCCUCCUCAGCAAAAAUUGUUUCUGUGAGGAUAUGUACUUUUAUUACAACUGUAUUCUUUUUGUUUGAAUGUGCAUUUUCUGUGCUUUUUUUAUUACUUUAAGAACUAUUUUAUAUAUACAUAUAUAUUUUAGAAAAUGUCUCGAUCCCUGUGAAUGUAAAAAUAUUUUUUCUUUUCUUGUUUUAAUAAGUAAUUCUUUCACCUUAGUGUUAUAUAAGAGAACUGUGCUAUCGUUGAGGAGAAUUUUGAUCUCAUUUUUUUUAUUUGCUGCUUGUUUAUAUUGCAAAUAAAUUUAUUGUGCUCAUCAAUACUUGCUCCAACAUUUCUUUUUUUUUCUGGGUUAACUAAAUGUGUAUAUCAUAUUUUCUUAUGUUAAUUUUGUAUUUCACUUAAAUGAUUUUGGAUAACUUCAUAGCUUUCUUUUCUAUAAAUCUACUAAGCUUAAAAUAAUAACAAGAUUAAAUAGUUUAUUUUUCAGAAUGUUUGUAUGCUAUGUUUUAAAAAUAUGUUAUAAAUUUUGUUAAGAUUUAAUUAGGAAUUAAACUGUAACAAAAUAAGCUUUUCUAAAAAAAAUUUUUAGAAAUGAAAAAUUGCUAUUGCCGCCUUAAUCUUCAUGUUUAUAUUUCAAUCCUUUUUUAAAAUAAUCUAAUUUUUACAUUAUAUUAAUUGGUUGUUGAAAAGACAAGGAUAAUUAAAUAUUUUCAGCUAUUUAAAAAAAAUUAAAUUAUAAUUCUUUUUGUAUUUAAAAAAAAUUUAAUUUUCUUGUAGGAAAGGUUUAAUUGAUUCAUGUCAUGCUGCUUUGGCAUUUUAAUGUGAUCGAUUUCGAUGGAAUGCUCACAUUAUUAUUAUUUUAAUUAAAUAUGUAUUAUUCUUUUAUUAAAAUAAAUUUCAAUUAAUGUUUUAAGAUACUUAUUUUAUGUUUAUUAUUGUACUUCGAAGCAGUUAAUGACUUCUGCAAUACUUAGUUUUCUUUAUUUUUUAUUAAAAUUUAGUAUAACUAACCUGACAUGGCAUAUGUACUAAUGUUAUGGGUGGUGUUUUAAAUACGAAAGCACUAAGCCAUUCAUAGCUUUUUAUUGCUUAUGUUCCUAAAAUACAAUAUUUUUUAACAGCUAAGUUUGUUGCUAUUUACAAAUAAGUAAUUAAAGGUAUGGACUCCAGCUAGCUAUAAAGGUUGAUAAGUAACAGCUAUGAUUAUCUUUAUUUUAACAAAUGUUCGUUUUUAAAUUUCAUUUUUGUUAUUUUUUAAGUAAAUUCUUUUAUAAAUAAAUAUGCUUUCUUAUUUUUGUUACCUUAAAAAUUUAAUUAUUUAGUGAAUUUUACAAAAACUAAUAAAAUGAGUUACAAAAAUCUAAGUUCUCACAUCUGUAAUUCUAGUCAUUAAUGUUUCUAUUGAAGUUUUAUACUGAUUGAACAUGGUUGUGAUUUACUCAAGUGGCAUAUAUAUAUAAAAAUAAGUGACACGUAUAAGCAAAUUAUGUAUGAUAUUUUGUUAACAUAUCUUAUUUUGAGGCCUUUAAAUGUUUUAAGCAUGUCUUGAAAAGGGGAUGAAUAUUUGGCUCGUUAUAUAAAUAUUAAUAUGUAUUAGCUAAAUUUAAAAAAAAAAAACAUUAAAACUAUAUCAGGUAAAUUUUUAUCGUAGAAAAAAUUAAUAUUUUCUAUGAGUCAGGAUUAAUAGCAAAUAAAUUUUUGUGUUUCAUUCAUUUAUGUACUUAAAUGUAAUUUAAAAUAAGCCAUAAACAUUCUUGGUCUUUAUAAAAUAUUUAUACUUAUUAUUUUAGGUAAAAUACAUUUGUAUCAGUAUCUGUUAAAAGAUUAAAUCAUUGCUUAAAUUUGUAUUUUUAGAUUUUAAUAAGAUGGCACUAUGAUAGUUCUAUUUAGAUAUUUCCAAAACUGCUUAUUUCAGUUUUGGAAGAAAGAAAAAAUCAUAUUCGUUCAUAAAACUAACAAGUUAAGUCUUGAUCACCUGUCCUUCAUGCUUAGUUUUUAUGCCAGAGGAAUUCUGUUGCCAUUCUUACAUAUCAAUAAUUUUAUUAUAAAUAAAUAUUUGAUAUAAUAGCUUUCACCAAUUCAUGUAACUUCAUAUUUAACUGAAUUUUUUGCUUAUAGUGUAACUAAAGAAAUGAAAUGAUAGCCUGUUAAACAGGGUUUGCCAAUGUCUGUUCCAGUCUUGUAAAAUCCAAUGAGUAUAUUCCAAAA